GCAUGAAGAACUUCAAGAUAUAGGAAUAGUAGAAUUUGGCAGAGUUCCAUAAGGAAAUUCAUAGCACUUCCUACAAUUUGAUUUUCCCCUAACCUUCUUAUCAUUUUCAUUUCUUUUUUUCUUUGAAGGUAAUAAUUGGCAGGAAAAUGAGGAUUCUGGGGAACCAUUCCUAAUGAAUACCUCUGGAGACAGAACAGAGAAGCCUGCAAUGCAGAUGGAACUAGAAAGCCAUGAGAGAAGCCAGUCAAAUAAUUGGAACGAGGAACGUUUAUCUUCCAUUGAUGCUCCAAUGCAAGACUUUCUUGCUGAAUAUGGAAAAAUAAAGAACAAAGAUUUUGGGAAAAGUACAAGACCAUUCAGUGGUAAAUUAGAUGUAAAUGAACAUUAUCCAACCGAAACAAAAGGAGAUGAUUAUAUAUGUAGAGACAAUGGAAAAAAUUACAAUUGGACUUUCACUCUUUCUCAUGGAACUGGAUCUCUUACCUCUCCUAAAAUGAUCCACACAACAAAGAAGCCAUAUAAAUGCAUGGAGUGUGGAAACAGCUUCAGUCGAAGGAGUUACUUUACUUCCCAUAAAAGAAUCCACACAGGGGAGAAGCCGUAUAAAUGUGUGGAGUGUGGAAAGACCUUCAUUCAGAGCAGUCAUCUGACUUCCCAUAAAAGGAUCCACACAGGGGAGAAGCCAUAUAAAUGCCUGGAGUGUGGAAAGUGCUUUACAAAUAGCAGCCACCUUACUUCCCAUAAAAAGAUCCACAUGGGGGAGAAGCCAUAUAAAUGUUUAGAGUGUGGAAAGGCGUUCUGUGAAAAAUCAUCCCUUAUGAGACAUAAAAGGAUCCACACAGGGGAAAAGCCGUAUAAAUGUGUGGUGUGUGGAAAAGUCUUCAGUCAGAAUAGUUCUUUUACUUUCCAUAAAAUGAUCCACGCAGGGAAAAGACCAUAUAAAUGCAUGGAAUGUGGAAAGACCUUUAUUCAGAGCAGUAAUCUUACUUGUCAUAAAAGGAUUCACACAGGGGAGAAGCCUUAUAAAUGCAGAGUGUGUGGAAGGGCUUUUACUAACAGCAGUGAUCUUAUUUCCCAUAAUUGGAUUCAUUCAGAGGAAAAGCCAUAUAAAUGCACGGAGUGUGGAAAGACCUUUAUUCAAAGCAGUCAUUUUAAUUCUCACAAAAGGAUCCAUGCAGGAGAGAAGCCAUAUAAAUGCCUGGAGUGCGGAAAGGACUUCAGCUACCAUAGUACUCUUACUUCCCAUAAAAGGACCCACACAGGAGAGAAACCUUAUAAAUGUCUGGAAUGUGGAAAGAGCUUCUGUGAAAGUGGAUCUCUUACUGUUCAUAAAAGGAUCCACACGGGGGAGAAGCCAUAUAAAUGUAUGGAGUGUGGAAAGAGCUUCUGUGAAAGUGGGUCCCUUACUGUUCAUAAAAGAAUCCAUACAGGAGAGAAGCCAUAUGAAUGUGUAGACUGUGGAAAGGGGUUCUGUCAAAAAGCUUCCCUUAUGAGACAUACAAGGAUUCACACAGGAGAGAGGCCAUAUAUAUGUCUGGAGUGUGGAAAGGGCUUUACAAAUAGCAGUCAUCUUAAUUCCCAUAAAAGAACUCACACAGGGGAGAAGCCAUAUAAAUGCCUGGAGUGUGGAAAAGGCUUUACUCAGAGGGGUAAUCUUAAUUCCCAUAAAAGGAUUCACACGGGAGAGAAGCCAUACAAGUACGCAGAGCUUGGAAAGAGCUUCAGGAUGACCAAUGAUUUAAUUCCUCAUACACAGAUCCAUUUGGUUAGGGAUACUCAGUGGAAUGAGAAUGAAAGUAACUCCAAUGUGCUGACUUUGCAAAUGAUCAAGCAAGAAGGGGCACCUUUGGAAAUCAGUGAGGAUCAAAACAACAUGAAAUCAAGAAACAUUAUUACAAAAAACUAUUUCAGUUCCUCCUGUCCAAAUAGUCAGAAAUGAGAAUGGGAACUUCCUCUGGGAUAUGAAGAUAUCUAAAAAAACCAAUUCAAUUCGCACCCAUAGUGUAGAAUUGAAACCUGAAGCAACCAGUAUGAAUGCAGAAGCAUGGAAUCUUUUUCAGUCAAAAGUCUCUCAUGAUGCAGGAAUAUUGUCACAUAUGUAUAAGUAUAGAGUGUAAAGGGCUUCAGGAUGAAGAAGAAUUUUCACAAAGGUCUCAGAGUGACGAGAAGCCCACGAAAUAUACAAAAAGCUUUUUUAAACAUUAGGGACUUAUUUCUUUCGUAUGUGGACUAAGAUAUCUACAUUUGAUUUCAAUAAAGUUAAUUAAACAUCAAUGGCAUGGUUACUUUCCAGGUAUGUAUUAAAAUACUUUUCAGCUGCAUUAGUAAAAAGUAGGAUUUUAACUUUGUACACUAAAACAGUUUAAAUGUGUACAAUAAAGCAGUUUUUGUGGGGGGAAAU